AUUUGAACUGGAAUGAACUGUAUCUAUAUGCUAUAUAUUGGAUCGAUUGAGGUUAGAUUUUCUUAUACCAUCACUGACCAUCACCGAGCUCUGUACUAAAAGUAUUAGAAUAACAACUUAACGGAGUUAAUAUCAUAUUUUUCGUGAUAAAAUCAUAAUAAAUACUAAUUAUCAUGGAGGAGCAACGCAAAACAACUGCAGCAUUUUAUCCAAUUAUUUCUUCCAUACAGAAAAUUGCUCUUUAUGAAACAAAAUCCCGAUUUUAUCUGAUGGGAUCAAACAAUACAUUAACACGUUUCCGAGUUUUGAAAAUUGACAGGAUGGAGCCAAGAGAAUUAAUUGUGGUGGAUGACAAAAGAGAAUACACUCAGGAUGAAAUAAAAGAUUUAGUCAACAUGAUUGAUAUGGGUAAUCGGACACGAGCGGGACAACGUAACAAUAUUGGUGGAGUUGCUCGUGUCGUAUCUGCUUUUGGAAUUGUUGGCAAAGAUAGUACAGUACCUGCACCCAGUUCGGGUAUAUCAGAGGAGCCUGAGCAACAAGAAUCACAAAAGCCACUGCACAAACCAACACAAACUAAAUUCACCUGGAAGAACAUGUGGCAGAGAGAUCUUUUCCCCAGGCCAGUGCCAGCUUUUGCUCUUCUUGGUUUCGUACGUUUCUUGGAGGGAUAUUACAUAAUUCUGGUUACGAAACGUCGUCGAGUUGCAGUCAUUGGACAUCAUACGAUAUAUAAAAUAGAAGACACAUCAAUGAUAUAUAUACCAAAUGACAUCAUACGAGUUUUCCAUCCUGAUGAACAAAGAUACGUAAAGAUGUUUCAAAGUAUUGAUCUCAGCAGUAAUUUUUACUUUAGUUAUUCGUAUGACAUGUCACAUACUUUCCAAAGUAAUAUGACACCACCAAGACAUAUUAAAUGUGACAUUUUCACUGAUAUAUCUGCUAAUCAGAAGCAGUUUGAAGAAUCAGAAGAUUCUGAGGAUUUUUUUAAUAUGUGGGCAUUUAGGAAAGAUUGGCAGACUGAAUGCGAAGGCGAGAAAUAUGUAGAUUAUGGUAUACGUAGCAAUCCAAAUCGUCGCUUCGUAUGGAAUUCUCAUCUUUUGAAGCCUGUAGAAAAAGAUUUGCAUCCUGAUUGGAUAUUGUAUAUAAUACAUGGAUUUAUCAGUCAGUCAAAUGUGAGCAUUUUUGGAAGAUCUAUGUACGUUACCGUUAUUGCUAGAAGAAGCAAUAAAUAUGCGGGAACACGUUUUCUGAAACGUGGUGCAAAUUUUGAUGGAGAUGUCGCGAAUGAAGUGGAAACUGAACAAAUCGUUCAUGACUCUGGCGUGAGUUGUUUAAAUAAAGGACGUUUCAGUUCUUUUGUUCAAAUGCGUGGAUCGGUGCCUGCUCAUUGGAGUCAAGAUGUUAGCAAAAUGGUUCCAAAACCAACUAUAACUUGUGAUUUAUCUGAUCCUUAUGUAGAAACAGCAGGUGCACAUUUUAAUCAAUUAUUAAAAAGAUAUGGAUCGCCAAUAAUAAUAUUGAAUUUAGUAAAAAAGCGAGAGAAAAAGAAACACGAGAGUACAUUAAGCGAAGAAUUAAGUGUGGCUGUGAAAUAUUUAAAUCAGUUUCUACCUCCAGAACAUCAUAUCCAGUAUAUAAGUUUUGACAUGGCACGCAUGAGUAAAAGAAAAGAAGUAAAUGUUAUGGGACGUUUAGCAAAUAUUGCUUAUAAUGCUGUGUUAAAAACUGGUAUUUAUCAAUCACAUAAUCCGUACUACAGUCAGAGAUAUUUAUUCUCACCACAAAGCAGUACUACCAGAAAGCUUCAUAAAACAAGUUCAAGCUCGACUCUAUCAUCUACUUUAAAUGAAACUAGAAAUUCUGUGAAUUCUUCGACUAAAAUCGAUUAUAGCAAGCAAACAAAUUCCAUAUGUAGUUCCACAUCAAAUAUCGAUGUUAACAACAUGAAUGAAUUAAAUCAAAUCGGAAAUAAAGUGAGGGAAUGUUUUGCUAGAAGAGGAACUGUACAAACUGGAAUUAUCAGAACAAAUUGUGUGGAUUGCUUAGAUCGAACCAAUACAGCUCAGUUUGCAAUCGGAAAAUGCGCUUUGGGAUUUCAACUGUGUGCUUUGGGCGUACUGGAAUCUCCGAAACUUGAGUUUGAUUCUGAUUGCGUAAGAAUGUUAGAAGAAUUGUACGAGGAUCAUGGAGAUACAUUGGCUUUGCAAUAUGGUGGCUCACAAUUAGUGCACAGAAUUAAAACAUAUAGAAAAACUGCUCCAUGGACAAGCCAGGGUAACGAUAUUAUGCAAACCUUAAGCAGAUAUUACAGUAAUACUUUUAGUGAUCAAGAAAAGCAGCAUACAAUUAAUUUAUUUUUGGGUUUGUUCAUACCUGAGGAAGGAAAGCCUCCAAUAUGGGAACUUGUGACAGAUUAUUAUCUUCAUCAUCCACCUGCUUGUCAAUACUCACGUAAAACAAGACUUUUGACGCAAUGGUGGGAUAAAAAUGUAAUGAAAUGUCUUCCUUAUGCACUUAAUGAAGUAACCAAAUCCUGUUCAGAGAUGAUACAAGUGCAAAAUUCAAUGGAAGAAAUGAUCGAUGUUUAUUACGAUUAUCAUAGACCAUAUGAAUUAUCUUUGUUGUCUGAAGUAUAUGCGUAUAAAAUAAGUCACUCUGUCAGAGACUUCAUGCCACAAUCUACUACUUGCUACAGUCCAUUUGCCGUUCGUGUACGACCAGGUAGACGGAGAGAAGAAACAGGUAGUAAAAAUUUAAAUAUGAAAAAUCCAUCUAUGACUGGUCAAAGUAGUACCAGUAGUACAACGUCUAGUGCAAGUUCGAGCGAGGAUUCAAGUUCAGAUGAAGAUGAAAGCCAUCAACAAAUGGACGAUUCCCAAUUAAUUACUUCUAAAGACAGUUCAGAGUUGGUAUCAUUUGAAACGUUGUUUCCAUCUAUGAAAGAAGUAUAUGGAACACAACCAGAAUAUCCAAAACGAAAUGAUAUUAUUCUUUACAAAAGAUUUGUUCUAAUAGGACGCAAUGCAACAUAUCCUAUGGAUCAUAAUAAAUUGCGUUCCAAAUUAAUUCAACAAACAUCUUUUUCUGAAUCAUCAGCUGUUAUCACACUACCUACAGUUAAAGAUGCAAACAUAAGCAUAUAUGAACAAUAUGUGAAAAGGGCCACAGCAGGUGGCUCCGUACCAAAUCCAAAUGAUAUGAAUUUAUAUGAAACUUAUUCUGCUCAAUAUAAAUUGCUUGUAGAACAAACGUGUUCUGGAUAAGACCAAAAUAAUUUCAUAUUUUGUAAUGUAUAUUUAUAUUGUAUAUAUUAUAUUGUAAAGAAUUGUAAUUUUUAAAAAGAUAAAAAUUACAC